AUCUUAACUUCCUUUCUUUUCAGCCGCUUAUUCUAUCACAGCCGCUCAUCAUCUCGAACCACGACAUUCCCUCCAUCCGCCUCGCCUAGAAAAUUAGUCUUAUUCCUCUCUCUUGGUCCUGGAUCAUUCUUCCGCCACUAGCCUGACCAGCGCAUUCCUUUUCCGCCUCCAUUCAUCAUGGGCGCAGGGGCUAUUCUAGAACCUCUGACCGUCAUCGUCCUCCUCUUCGGAGGCACUUGGAUCAACCGAAGUACAGGGUCAUUUCCUCCCCGGAGACCUCGUCGCACUUCCAAUGUCGUGUCGCGUGAUUCUUCUCCUAGCGCAAUUGAGUCCGGCGUGUCGACCCCAACUGUCAAGGAUACUCUACUGAACCGCCGUUCUUCAUCUUCUUCGUCGCUCCCGCAGAUCGGCCAGACCGGUUGGCGCAAGAGACAAAUCGGGUUCUUCAACUCGACCUUCGAAGUGACGUCUCCAGACACCACUGUUUUUCAUGAUCGGUUACUCAGUCGCUUGCUCCGCAAAUUUCCCUUUCUUGUCGAGUGCUGGUACUGGGCGCUUGUGUACUGGACAUAUCAGCUGGGUCGGGCUUUCACUGCUGUCACUCUUAAAGAUGAUACGGUCGAUGUGGCGCGCAAACAUGCGCUACGAUUGAUACAAAUCGAGGAGGCACUGGGUUUGUUUUGGGAGGUUUCGAUCCAAAAAUACUUUCUCCGCCAUCCCACUCUCAUGACCUGGACCAACUGGAUCUAUUCGUUCAUUCACAUUCCCGGAACAAUCGCCUUUCUCGUCUGGCUUUACUAUUUCACCAUCACAAGGAACCGAUCCGAUGAGUCGCAACCAGGAAAACCGCGCGGGCUUGUGAGCGGCUCACCCGCGGGGUCUCAUCUAUACCAGGCCCGGCGUCGAACUCUUGCCGUGUGCAACCUGCUUGCCUUUGUGGUUUUCACUCUGUGGCCCUGUAUGCCGCCUCGUCUGCUGAGCGACAAGGACGCGAAGGGGCCAGACGCAGCCUUGGGCCGUAGUUACGGCUUUGUUGAUACUGUGCACGGAGUCAACGGGGCGGGCAGCGUCUGGACCGAGAAUCGCUUCUGCAAUCAGUAUGCCGCCAUGCCGUCGUUGCACUUUGGCUACUCCCUUAUGAUUGGUCUCACCAUCAUGACCAUCCCGCUGCCGCCACAUCAGCGUCGCCGCACCCGCGUGGCCAUUGGUCCUUUGAAGCUGCAACUUCCUUCGUGGCGUCGGCUGGGCUGUCUCGCUCUGGGGUUUGCCUAUCCUUUUGUGAUUCUGGCCGCUAUCGUUGCCACCGCGAACCACUUUAUCUUGGACGCGAUUGCCGGUGCAACGGUAUGUGCUCUCGGAUGGAGAUUCAACGGAAUCCUGUUGAAUCUGCUACCCCUGGAAGAUUACUUUCUGCGGGUGGUUCGUAUUCACAAGCCGGCAUCGAACACCACGGACGGACUCGAAGACGCAGUCGGCUGGGUCGACGAUGGCAUUUCCGAACACACCUCUCUCCCUUAAUGCAGCGACAGUCGGGGGUGAUCCCCUCCUGCCUACUCUGCCUGUCCUAGAGUUUGAUGAUACCCUUGCAUAUGCAACAUUAAUGUCUAUGAACCCCACUCCGAACCAUGACCUCGAUGACUCCCCGCUAAUAUGCUUCCUCAAUUUAUUAUUUGGCCGUUUCAUUACGUCCAUC